CCCAUAAAACCUGUUGGUGAAGGUCAGGGCGUCCGAAACUAGAUACACUGUGACUCGUCUUAGGCGCGAAAACACAAAACGUACGGGCUUGCCGCUCACAACGCUAGCUCCUCCCCGGCGACUACACGGGACUUCAGCUCAGAAGCCGAAGAAGCAACAACUUCUCCAGCAGCUCUCUCGGAAUGGAGCCUUCGGACCAGUACCCCAAGAGCUUUGUCACCACAAUGCCAGGUCUCGGAGACGACGAGGACCAGGAAGAACUAUGUGACAUGAGGCUUGCAGGGAUCUCAUUUAUUUUAGAUGAAGGAGACACGGAAGAUUAUGUGGCAUUCCAACAGGAGCACGUGGCCAAUGAAGGAGAGGAAGGAGAAGAAAGAAGAGGAGGCUGCCAGGAUGGCUCCAUUGCUCCGGGGCCCCCGGUAGCCAUCUACCCAGAGGGCGGCAGCCUGAGCGGUGGAGGCCACUUCCUGGACCAGCAGCUGCGGGAGCUGUUUGCUGCGGCAGCCUACAGCCCCCCAGCUGCGAACAGGCGGGAAGAGAACGCCGGGCACACCACUUUGACCCUAGCACAUCCCAGGCGCACCACUUUGACCCCAGCACAACCUGGGCGCUCCACUGUGACCCCAGCACAACCUGGGCGUACCACUUUGACCCCAGCACAACUGCAGGAGCUGGAGAGUAUUUUCCAGAACCAUCGAUACCUCAACAAAGCUGCACGAUUGGAGCUGGCGAGACGCAUGGAUGUGACUGAGGCCAAACUGCAGGUGUGGUUUAAGAACAGAAGAGCCAGAUGGAGAAGACGUCAGAGGACCUUUAGAACCAGAAAUCAACUCCCUGAAGUCCAGGACAAUCCUGUCAAUACAACCGCAACUGAGUCCAACUACACCGUACGAGCUUGGGACCAAAAUUGUCCAUCAGUCACUCCAUCACGAAUGUCGUUGUGGCAGCCCAGGUUGCCACAGGUAUCUAUGUCAGAGUCUAUGCUGAUGCCAGAGCCACAGCCAAUGCCACCGUCUGUGCCACGCCGCAUGCCAUCUUCUGUGCCAUACCGCAUGCCACCAUCUGUGCCACAGCCCAUGCCAUUGCCUGUGCCACACCGCAUGCCACCCUCUGUUCCACACCGCAUGCCACUGUCUGUGUCACAGCCCAUGCCACUGUCUGUGCCACAGUCCAUGCCACCAUCUGUGCCACACUGCAUGCCACUCUGUGUGCCACAGCCCACACCACCAUCUGUGCCACAGAACAUGGCACCUUCUGUGCCACUGCCCAUGUUGCCACUGGUACCCAUGUUGGUGCCUGUGCUGAUGUCAGAGCCACAACCCAUGCCACUGUCUGUACCACAACCCAUGCUGACAUUGGUACCCAUGUUGGUGCCUGUAAUGAUGCCAGAGCCACAGGCCAUGCCACUGUCUGUGCCACCACUCAUGCUGACACUGGUACCCAUGUCAGUGCAUAUGCUGGUGCCGGAGCCACAGCCCAUGCAACUGCCUGUGCCACCACUGAUACUGCCACCUGUGCCACAACCCAUGCUGCCACUUGCACCACCACCCAUGCUCCCACCUGUGCCACCACCCUAUCCUCUGCUGUUCUCACCUCCUCCGCUUUUGUAUGUCACACCCGUGACUCAUUUUAUCCAAGACCUGUGUGGUAGAAUCUGGCUCUUUGUUCCUGUCUGCUGUUUUGAAAACAAUUUUAAUUAAGGAAUAUUCUCUGUGACAUUUUUUCAAAAAUUUUUGGAAACCAAAUGCAAAUUUUAUAUGGCAUAACAUCAUGACCAAUUCAUCACAUGCCUGUUAAACAAAUAAAUGUAAAUGAAAGCACAAUGUCAUUGACCCACUUUAUGUCACAGUUUUGU